AUGGCAUCCACCGCCCACCCCUCCUUUCCGCAAAGGCCCUACUCCUCAACGCUACACGGGAAACUGCCCGAUCGAGCGAAUAAUAAUAACAACGCCAACAACAACAACAACAACAAUAACGCAUUCGGAGCCACCGCGCACCCCGUGACGAGAGAAACGGGGCGGCAAGGCGAUCGUCAGGACCGCGACAGGGCGCAACGAGACGCAGCUACGGGGUCCGGACCGCAAAUAACAGACGAGCAAAGAGAGGAGAUAAACGAAGCAUUCUCCCUCUUCGACCUCGACAAGGACGGGCGCGUCGACUACCACGAGUUCAAAGUCGCCCUCAAAGCCCUCGGCUUCGACCUCCCCAAAUCCAGCAUCCUCGACCUCCUGACCGUGCACGGCGUGCCGCCCCCGCCGCUGGCGCCGCCGGCGCAGAACCAGCAGAACAAGCCGUCGCGCGCACAGCACCCCACGCCGCCCAGCCGCCUCACGCUCACCCUCCCAGCCUUCCAGACCAUAGCCGCGAAGCUGAUCAGCGAGCGCGACCCCCGGGACGAGAUCCUCCGCGCCUUCGGGCUCUUCGACACGGACGAGAAGGGCAUGAUCACGCUGGAAGAUCUGCGGAGGGUAGCGCGGGAGCUGGGCGAGGGGCUGGAAGAGGACGAGCUCGUGGCCAUGAUCGAGGAGUUCGAUUUGGAAGGGAAAGGGGGCGUAGGCCAGGAGGAGUUCGUUGGGAUAUGCAUGGGCUGA